AUAAAAAUAAUUAAUUUCACUGUUUUUCUUUGACUUUCAUUGCGAGGAAUAUUGAAAGAGGAUUUGCAGACAAAUGGGGACCGUUGGCUUCGUGUUGUUGGCAGUUGUGAUUGUCAUUUUUAAGGCCUCAGAUUCAGUGACUGCUGAGGAGAUGACAUGUUUACCCGGAUUCGGGUCAGAAAUGGUCAUUUUCAAAGUGACCAGAAAGCACCUGAUGCCGGGCACAAGACUGGGCAAAGUGGGCUUCACUGACUGCACAGACCGCACAAGAUUUGGUUUCAGCAGUGAUGACAGACGUUUCGUGGUACAGACAGACGGCACACUGAUGGUAAAGAGACAGGUUGUUCUUCAUGAAGGACACCAGGACUUCUUCAUCCACUCCUGGGACUCGCAAGGUCACAAAAUGACUCUUUCUGUCAGGGUAUUGCACCAGCACCACCUGACUGAAGUGGACUCAGAGAGUGCACCUGAGACACUGGUGCCUGUUCUGUAUUUCCCCAAGUCUGGUGAAGGACUGAGGAGGAAGAAGAGAGAGUGGGUUGUUCCUGACAUCAGUGUUAGUGAGAAUCACAGAGGACCCUAUCCCUUGAAAAUAUCUCAAAUCCGCUCUUCUGCGGAUAAAGUGAAGAGGAUCUAUUACAGCAUCUCUGGUCCGGGAGUUGAUGAACCUCCUGUUGGCCUUUUCACCAUGGACAGAGACAAUGGCAAUCUGUAUAUCACACAAGCACUGGACAGAGAAAAACAAGACAAGUACAGAUUUCAAGCGCGUGCUGUGGCAGAUGGUUCAGGACCGGCUGAGGUGAUGGAUAUUUUAGUGAAUGUAAUCGACCAGAACGACAACAAUCCUAUUUUCACUCAAACCACUUACCUGGGAGAAGUUGCUGAGUCCGCACCAAAAGGUUUUGAGGUGAUUACUGUUGUGGCCGAAGAUCUUGACGACCCAAACACUUACAACGCAGUCAUCCGCUACAGGAUUACAAGCCAGACGCCAGCAGCUCCUCCGGACCUGUUUGCCAUCAACUCAGUCACCGGAACAAUCAGAGUGGCAGCCACUGGGCUGGACAGAGAGAGAAACCAAGAGUACACACUGGUGGUACAAGCAGCAGACAUGCAUGGAGAAGGAAAAACUGGAGAAGCAAAAGUAAUCCUUACUGUCACAGAUAGCAAUGACAAUUCUCCAGCCUUCACUCAGUCCUCCUAUGCAGCAACAAUUGAGGAAAAUAAAGCAGAGGCUCAGAUCAUUGUGAUGUCAGUAACCGAUCUUGAUGAACCGCAUACACCAGCUUGGAGCGGCAAGUUCACAAUUGUCAGUGGUGAUCCUGAAGGACUUUUCACUGUGACAACGGGACAAAACGAAACUGAGGGAAUCAUUUCUAUCACCAAGGGUCUUGACUUUGAGAAGAUCAGCAGGCACGUUCUGUUGGUUGCGGUGGAGAAUGAGGUUCCUUUUGCUGUCCCUCUGCCCACCGCCACCGCCACAGUCCUGGUGAAUGUGCUGGACGUCAAUGAGGCUCCAGUCUUUGACCCAACAGAGAAGCAUGUGUCAAAACCGGAGGACCUUGCAGUCGACAGUGAGGUGGUGCAGUACGCCGCUUCUGACCCAGACACUGCACGCAGACAGAAAGUCAUGUACAGAAUGAUUAGAGACCCUGCAGGCUGGCUGAAGGUGGCCAAAGAUACGGGUCUGAUUACUGUGAAAAGCACCAUGGACAGAGAGUCCCCAUUUGUCAAGGAUGACAAAUACACAGCACUCAUUGGUGCAUAUGACAAUGAUGAAGUCCCAGCCACAGGAACUGGUACUCUAGUGAUCCACCUUAACGAUGUCAAUGACAAUGCACCCUUCAUUGAGGAACGUGGAAUCAAGGUGUGUAACAAGGACUCGGCUCCUCAGCUGCUGUCAGUAACGGAUAAAGACGGACCGGGCUUUGGUGCUCCAUACAGCGUCUCUUUACAGGGCCUCUCGGAGAACAUCUGGACUGCUGGGAUGAACAAGUCAAAUCAUAGCAUCAUUCUGAGUUUAGCCACCGAGCUGGCCAGUGGAGAGUACACUGUGGUUCUGAGGGUUUCAGAUAAUAUGGGCCUGGAACAGGACAGCACCAUCCAGGCCACAGUGUGUGACUGCACUGGGGAAGAGGUGUCCUGCCAAGGGCCUGUGGCAGGAGGCACCAACCGGCUGCCGGCUGUCCUGGGAACACUGGGAGGCAUCCUGGUGCUGCUGAUGCUGCUGUUGCUGCUGGUGAAGGUUACGAGAGACGGACGAAGACGGUAUUAGAGACAACAUCUGCAACGACCUGUCUGAGGAAAUCAGUCUGUCGGAGUCAGUGUCUUCUUUAAAGUCCUGUCUGAAAACUGAGCUGCAAGCCUGUUUUAUUAUUUUAAUUUCUUGCUUAAGCUUUAAUCAGCAGAUUUUGUUAUAUUUUAUCGUUUCUUAUUGAUUGCUAUUGAUUGAGUCAGCCGCUGUUGAGCCCUACCAUAAGUUAGUGACAUGUCUGAUAUUUAAUAACUCAACGUUUUCUAACAUCUGUAUAUCAGCGGUUUCUCAGAUCAGAUGGUGGUUUUAGUGAAAGCGUCACCUCUCUGCGCAAUCGAUUUUCUGGAGGAAAGCCCAAUACCUUACUGAUUAGUUAUAGUGAGUAGGUUAUGAUUAAAAAUGAUCCUCUACCACUGUGACUAAGUUAAUAAUAAUAUAAUUAGGAAUUCAAGCAAAUUGUAACACAUGUGAAGGUUGCUUUGUUUAACAGCGGACAAUGAAGAAGUAUUCAAAAACCCUUUAAAAGUAGCAAUACUAUGAACUGCUUUUUAGACAAAAUUAAGUCAGGCUACCGUAAAACUUCAAUUAGUAGCUGAGUCCCAAAUAGCCGCCUAUCCCGUUUACUGGCCUGGUGUGGGAAUAUAUUUUGACAAAUAAACGCCUGCCUCAAUUUAACGCCUGAUCUGGUUUUUAUAGAAGUUCUUUGGAUGUAUAAAACAUCUUAAACCCCGCAGGGUCGCUGCUUUAGCUGCUUCUAAGCUGCUUAGAUCUUGAUACAAAUAUUAAUGUUUAAAUGCUUGAUCAGUGUGUCAGUAUGAACAUGCUACACAUCGUUAUAUCGGUUAGAUUCUCCACAGUUCAAUAGUUCAGUUCAUUUAAGGGAAACAACAAGAUCCAAGGUCUAAUUCUUAUAGAUUUGCUGGUCUAACCUGCCUGGUACACGAGAGGAAAGGAAAAAAAGUGCUGACUGCCCUUACCUUUGAAACCCGAAUGUGUCCGUUCCUUGAUUAAUUAUCUUCCUUUAGUCUGUAAGGGUCCACCCAUCAAAAGAAUUAAAACAGCUUUUCAGAAAAAGUAAUCCAAGUUGUGAAUCCUGUCAUGUGAAGUCCAUCGCUCUCUGUCUACUAACUUCUCUCAUCCUGCACCUUGUUGUUAUCGUGAUGUUAUUUUGAAAUAAAAGCACGUAAGCUGUCUGUCGGAGCCAGAUCAAAUGACUGACGUGUAUUUGAUAUUAUUUGAUCUAUUCUGUUUGAAAUAAAUAAACUGUUUCGUAGUAGUUUCAGUUUUGUGCAAAAGGAAUUAAAGGCCUGUCCCAAAUAUAGGCAGGGUCAAUUCAGUGAUUUUAGCAAGUUUUACGGUAUUAUUCCAACCUGAGUUGAUUAAUGUUGAUGUAUUGUAAGAAGCCCUUUGGCACUUUUUGUGUUUUAGAUAGUUUAGGUGGAGUUAAUUUAUUGUAAAAUACUGAUCUGCAAAAUAACUGAUUUACAAAUUACAAUAUUUCACUCUCAAAUGUAGUGGAGUAGAGAGGAGCAUCAAUCACAAUACUAAAGCAAAGUAAAAGUACUUCAAAGUAAACAGUCAACAUAAUGAUAUACCAUAGUCUUAUAAAAUGUUUGCCAGAGGAGCAUGGAUUACAGACGAAUUAUGAGGCCGUUGUUGUUGUUUUUUUGUCUCCGGAGCCCAAUGAAGAGAAAAUAAAUUAAAAGCAUCUCCAGAUGUUUCAGCCACGUAACCCUCUGAGGGUGUGGUCAAAUAGUUAUCGAGACUUGACUAGACUAGACUAGAAUCAGAUAAAUUUAUGGAAUAACUGGGUUGAUUUUGUAACACCAUUGAGAACAGACUUUAUCUGGUACUUAAUGGACCCACUUGGUUCUUGCUACAAAUUCUAAAUGUUUACUGUUCACAGUAUUGUGUUUCGGCAUUGUCCUUCAUCAGGAGUGAAAGGUCUACAAGAGGGGAAUGAAAAUGUCAAUGUCAAUUGAUGUUUUUGAUCCCUGGUGUGAAGUAUUUGCAUGUUCUGUAUACUUGGAAAACAGAUAAAAAGAGUAAUCAAAUGCUUUUUUAAAUGUUUGAUAAGUGUCUUUUUCACUGUGUCAAACACACAUUGCUGUUGCCUCCCAAGGUACAAACGCUUUGUAAAUUUCAAAUUUUUUAAUAAAGUCAUCUGAAUACAA